UAUGAACUUCCCCUCUAAAAAAUUGUCACGAGAGGAACAAGCGGUCGCAGAACUGCCACGACUUCGCGCCAUGAAAAACCUCUUUUCUUCUUCCGACGCAAACAACAUUCCCUUCCAUUUCCACUCACCACUUUCCCAACAAAAUUCUCCCCAGAAAAUCAAACCUUACCAAACCCUAAAAACAAAAUCUCAUUCCCAAAUCUAUAGAUGGAUCAUUACAAGGUUCUGGGUUUACACAAAACAGCAUCUAAAGAAGAAAUCAAAUCAGCAUUCAAAAAACUCGCAUUUCAAUUUCAUCCAGAUAAGCAUUCUCAAUCACCAAAAGCUGUAAAAGACAAUGCAACGGCUCGAUUCAAACAGGUUUCCGAAGCAUACGAAAUUCUCAUGGAUGAUCGUAAACGAGCUGAGUAUAAUUACCGGUGGCGUUCCGGUGCCGGUGGGAGAAGUGGUUAUACUGCUGGUGGUAGUGGUGGUGGUAAUAGCAAUUAUUACUCUCAGUAUAGUUAUGGAUAUGGUAGAAGUGGGAAUAGCUAUGAAUAUAAAAGUAGGUCUGGGUUUAAUGGUGGUGGUGGUUUUGCGUCGAAGUUUGAACUUGCUAUUAGGAUUUUGACGGCGAGAUCUUAUCUUCUCAAUCUUGGAUUUGCAGCCGCUAUAUUAGGUGUGAUGAUUGUUGUUGAUACAAGUGGAGAAUCCUUAUGGAAAAUGCAAAAUUCUGGGAAAUCUUUUGAAGAAGCCAUGAACACCAUUGACAAAGCAAAAGCGUAUAAAGAAGAUAACGUGAAAGAACGUCCUUAAUUUAAUUCUCUGCUCUCCACUUCACUUGCCACUCAAACGCUUCUUCAUGUCUAAUAAAUAGUGAAUGAUGGAAGCUUUCAGUUUCGGGGAUUGACUUCAUGGCUGUUUUCAUUGGUGCACCGUGGUUUACGAUACUAGUAUGUAUUCAAUGUACGGGAUACUUGAUUCUUGGCAAUCAUGGUCUCUGCAGUCACGUGGUCGCAGAUUUAGGAGGUUUGAUGAAGAUCUGAUGGCUGAUAUUGUAAGUUGUAUUUUAAAUCAGAUUUGUUAAAGUUGGAAUAAGAGUCAUUUGAUUGUGAUCCAUUAGUCAAGAGUUAUUAACUGCAUGAUUGUGUGCCUUUACACCUGUAGAGAAUUUGAGUACAAUUUAGAACAUAUACUUGUACAUGUAACAGAAAUUCAAUGUGUAAAUUGAUUACAAAAUCCUACUUUUGUA